CGCUGCUCUGGGGCAUGCGCGAGGGGUCACGUGCCUGCGCACGUGGAAAGGCGGAAGGAGGCGCGGUGAGGGGGGCGCAGGAGCUACCGCGGGGGCCGCGCCGGGGCAGGGGCCACCCCCGGGGGACCGGACCCGACCCGACCCGACCCGCGACGGGGCAGGGACACCCCCGGGGGACCGCGAGCCGUGGGGGACACACGCCGGAGCGGGGACACCGCGAGGGGCCCGCGCCGGAGCAGGGUCGUGAGAAAGGAGGAUGUGGAGGCAGGAGCAGUGUGGCUGGUGGGAUGCUGGAGACUUGCCUUCUGUUCCUCAGUGUAAAUCAUCUCUUCCCUAAGACCUCAGUUUCUCCUUCAGUAGCUGUUUGUAGCAUCCCAUGGGAUAAGACCAGUGCAGUAAUGAGAAGGGCACUUGUAUAACCUGGUGGUGUGACUAGCCGAGUACAAACUCCCAGAAGCUCCAGUCAAAUACCAAGUCUCUCAGGACUGGAAAGGAGUUGGCACGUUCAGAUAAGAGAUGUCACAAGGCUGUUUCUGUGGUCUCCCAAGGAGUUAAGUCCUUGACUUACAACAUCCUGGUAUCUGGCCUAGAGAACCUCUGUUGUAGGGGAUCAACCAUCCCUGAAAGAUGUCCUGCUCCUUAAGUCCAUGCACGGCUGGCUCUGCCUCCCCGUGUGGGGUAGCUGUGCCGCAGCCCCUUGCCGACAGCUGCAACGAGCCCUGCGUUCAGCAGUGUCCUGACUCCAGGGUGGUGAUCUACCCGCCACCGGUGGUCGUGACAUUCCCUGGACCAAUUCUCAGCACCUUCCCGCAGCAGAGCGUUGUGGGAUCUACGGGAGCCCCUGAAGUUGGAAGUGGCUCCAGUGGUGUCAGCGUUCCUGGGGGCUCGCACGUUUAUGGUGGUGCCCGAUGGGGACGAGGAUACCCGGUUGGAAGCUGUAGACCGUGCGCCCCCAAAACUUCUGUAGCCAUAUGGACUCCCGAAUUGGUACAGGUCCCGGUAGCCACUCAGGCCCCCCAGACCAUACAGGUCCCCGUAGCCGCGCGGCGAGUAGAACACAUCAUCGUCCAGGUCUCUGUAGAAAGUCAUCUUGCUGUGAUGCAGAAAAAGAGCUCAGAGCUCCGAGUUCCUCCAUCAGCUCUCUUACUUCUCCUCCUCCUGGUGAACGAGGUUUACCUCCGCUGCAGAAAGAUGACUUUCUUCCAAGGCCAGUGUGACGAUGACUUCUACUAUCCCAGCAGUUACGGGAGCCUGUAUGGCUACCGGGGCUACGACUGUGGCAGCCCCUGCGGCUACCGGGGCUACGGGGGUCUCUACAGCUCCCGGGGCCUGUAUGGCUUUGGGGACCGGUACGGCUAUGGGGGCCUGUGUGGUUACCGGGGCUAUUAUGGCUCUGGGGACUACUAUGGCUAUGGGGGCCUGUCUGGUGGCUAUAGGGGCUUCUACGGCUCCGGGGACUGCUACGGCAGCUUGUACAGCGGCCGGUACCCCUUCUCUUCACGAUAUGGCCGGAGAUACUCCUAUGGGAGCUGCUACCCCUGCUAAGCCCAGCGGGAACAUCCCCGACACGAGGACCGACCCAGACCCGGCAGGAGCGGAUUGAUGGCUACGCUUAGCAGCAGCGUUUCCCGGCGCACAGAGCCCCUGCGACAGCAGCUCGUCCACGGGAGCUUCGAAUGCUCUGUGCUGUAGAAAAGCUGUUUCUGCUUUAAAUCUGUUUGCUCUCUUGUAUUCUCUUGACCCAUUGCUAAAAUCAAAAGCUUGCUUUUCCCCAUCACUGUGGUUCUUUGUAAACGCUCUAGAAGUGCUACUAGAGUUUUUGGCUUUUAUGUUUGUUGCAGAUGAUGUACAAAACGUAUCAGCCCUGAAUGAAUGAUGUAGGCAGGGUUUAAUGUGUCUUUGGGAACGUAGCCUUCCUAUUCUAUAUUCCUUUGGCUUUGUGUAUUUGUUUUUCACUCUUAUUAAAAGUUACACUGCAUCUAUAAUGUA